CGCACAUGUGGCAUGACUAGUUGAUAAAGUUGAUAAUCAAUUCUAUCUACGCAACGCCCAACUACACUGUAGGAAAAUAGAUCCCCGUAGGCGCUCGAUACUCAAUGCUCAUAUAGUGAAUGAAAUUGGAACCGGUUCAAUGCAUUUUUCCGAGCACGUUCGACAUAAGUCAGUUCGUACUUCGUAGUCCAGUAAAGACGAGUGUGGAGUAAGCCUCCCUGUGACGAGGGAAAAGCUUGACUGACUGACUGACCCUUUCAACAACCACUCUCAAAUCUUGCCAACCCCCCCCCCCAAAAAAAAGGGGGGAAAAAAGGAAGAGAAAAGGAAAAGAUUCAUAUUAUCAAAUUAUGGUUCGCGUCAAACACCGUUACCUCCUCCUCGACAUCCUUUACCCCGAACCCUCCUCCUGGCCAUCACCGUCCUCCUCCUCCUCCUCCUCCCGCGCCAAAAACACAUCGCAGUCUCAAGCGCAAUCCCAGCUGCGCAUCCACGCGCCCACAUCCAAUGCGCUUACACCUAGCUUACUAGCCAAGCUGGUUAGGGACGAGAUCGCAGAGAUAUUUGGGGAUUGGGGCGUAGGGAGGCUCGGCGGUGCAGGGGCAGGUGGUGUGAGCGUGAAAUAUCUUUCUCCUGCUACGUCCACGGCUAUUAUCCGUUGUCCGCGCGCUUCUUACCGGCUUGUCUGGACGGCUCUCACGUACUUGUCUCACGUGCCUGAUUUCAGCAACGACGGUGGCCGGUGGAAGCGGUCGGAGUCGGCCGGUUUGACAAGGCCCUGUGUGUUUCGGGUUGUCAAGGUAUCUGGGACAAUCCGUAAGGCGGAGGAGGAGGCCAUUCGCCGGGCGAGGCGGGAGAUUGUGAGACUUAGGGGCGCUGAGGAGGUCGGCGUCCUGGAGGGGUUGAUUGGUGGGUUGGAGACGCAGACGAAUGAUAGUAGUGGGCAGGAUGUUGUCGCGAUUGAGGAUCCGGAAGCGGAUGAUUUGGAAAUGGACAGCGAUGAUGAUUGAGGGACAAGGAGCUUCUCUGUUGGUUAUUCGGGCCGCAGCCGGGG